UGAAGAUGGCGGCCGUUGUAGAAGGAGUAGAGCGAGGUUUUGAAGCCGUGGAUUGCGACUCGGCGUUACCGAGAUUGUCUACACCACCUCCCGAUCAACCACACCAGAACAACCCGCUAUUAGGACUUCCCAUUGUGGCGAUUGAGACGAUUUUCAAUUUCCUGGCUUACGACGAAAUCAGCCUUAUACGCUUGGUAUGCAAGCGCAUGGACAUGAUCUGUCAGCGCAUACUGAACCAAGGCUUCCUCAAGGUGGAGCGCUACCACAGCCUUUGCCAGAGGCAGGUCAAAGCCCAGCUGCCAAGGCGGGAGUCCGAGCGGAGGAACCACUCACUGGCCCGUCAUGCUGACAUCCUGGCUGCUGUAGAAACGCGCCUCUCCUUACUCAACAUGACCUUCAUGAAAUAUGUGGACUCAAAUCUCUGCUGCUUCAUCCCUGGCAAGGUGAUUGAUGAGAUCUACCGUGUGCUGCGAUAUGUGAACUCUACACGCGCUCCCCAGCGGGCUCACGAGGUGCUGCAGGAGCUGCGGGACAUCUCUUCCAUGGCCAUGGAGUACUUUGAUGAAAAGAUUGUCCCCAUCCUGAAGAAGAGGCUUCCCGGGGCCGACCUGUCAGGGCGCCUCAUCGGAUCUGCCCCAGUGGCCGGCCCCUCCACCUCCCUGACCACCAUGUCCCUGCUGGCCAAGAACACGCCGUCGCGCUCUGAGAUGACCAAGGUACAGCAGCAGAUGAAGGUGAACGGGGUGUCCAUGACUGCACUGCGGCGGGAGAUGCAGGAGGUGCGCGUCAAGCAGCUGGAGCAGCAGAAGCAGCUGCAGGACCAGGAGCAGAAGCUGCUGGAGCAGACGCAGGUUAUCGGGGAGCAGAAUGCCCGGCUGGCUGAGCUGGAGCACAAGCUCAGGGAACUGAUGGACAGUGCGGUGGGGGGAGGGGCCAGGCCAGCCGUAGCCUCCACCUCCUCGGCUUCUUCCUCAACAGGCUCAGCUGCUGUCGCCACGUCACCCAGCAACAUGGCCACAGCGGUGGAGUCACAGGGCAGCCCGCCCCUGAAACGCACCAGGAAGAGCUCAGACCUGCGUCAGUCCAAACGCCUGCGCAGCAAGAAAUAGGACACUCAAUGUUUUUAGUUUUUGGGGGUUCAGUCUGAUUGGACCUCCCAUGUCCUGUGACAUAAUUUCAAUUCUUAUUGUUUGGAAUGUAUUUAAGAGAGGGGGGGGGGGGGUCAUGGUAAGGAGUCACUGUUUCCCUGGCAUUGUAUCCCCCUUGUCAUUGCCCUCUCAAAUUCACACAAACUACACCAUGGACAUGUUUAUGCUGAUUAGACCAGCAUAUUUGGGCAAGAGUGCUGGUAGUCUCCACAGUUUAACCACUGACUCUAAAGCCACUAAGAAUUUGCACAUUAGUUGAAGAGGCGAGGGUUAUGUUAAAGUCUAAAACACUCUAUUUGUGUUCACUCUUGCUUGUCUAUCAACAAAAGUCAAUCCACAUUAGGGUUUCGGCUCCUAGUCGGGAGAGAGUCCUUGCGGUGAAGACGAGAAGUACGGAGUAUACACAUACACACAGACUUUUAUCUAUGUAAAGUCCUGUGUAGCUCAGUUGGUAGAGCAUGGCGUUUGCAACG